AUGGGCUUGACCGAAUUCGAUGGCUAUUUUGUUAUCCAUCCAACCUUGCCACCAGAGUUAGCCGAAGCAGUAAAUAGUCUUUGUGCCUUCCGAAACAACGCCUAUGGAGAUGGUGAUUUGAACAGCUUUGAUUCUGUGGUGCAUCAUUUGCAUGGAAGACCCUCAGAGCGAACAUGGGCCAUGUACAAAUCUAAAAAGGAUGGGACGUCAAAAACACCUUCGGUAUGGUGCCAUUGGAAAUUAUCCAACCAACGUGUGUCACCACGCAGUCAUGCACAGCGAACAAUACUCGAGUGGGAUCGAGAGGAGCGAUUCAAUGAUUACAUGUAUUGGGCUCAAUACGUCGUUGACUUCAUCACGUUGUUGGCUGAGAAGCAGUACGGGAUCAAAAUCAGUGGCUUUACUGGCAAGAUGACUUGGGAAGGCGUUUAUGAUGAUGAAGAUCAAGGGAUGCUGUGUGUGGUUCCACGUCAAGAGCUGGAGACAACAGGUUUUUACCCGGAUGACUUUUUACCAUUGGCAACUCCUGCUAGCAGCUUGCACCAUCAUGCGUGGUGUGAUGAUCAACUUGAAGCGGCCCCACCUCCCAAAGGCAAACCAUUCUUAUCUCGUUUUGCUGUUCAAGCUCACGUGCAACCGGCUCAAGCCAUGGAAUUGGCACGUCGUGCAGAUAUGGAGCUCGACCAAGGUGUGAGUCGAGGUGGCUAUGUCCUUUGUCUCGAUGCUUUGCCUACCAAAAAAGACACCGUAGUCUUUCACCUUCAUCAUGAAAAGUCCCAUGUCAUCUAUUGUUCUCAAGACCCACUGCUUUAUGACACGCAAAAAGCACUUGCAGAUCCGAUGUAUUUGGAAAAAUUGGCCAUUGUCGAUCGUAACCCAGCAACAAAAGAUGAAUUGUCAACCCCACCAGUGUCUCCUGAUUCACCUGUCACUCAAGCAGAGACAACAAGUCGUUGCUGUGUCGUAUGCAAAAAACGUUUUUGUGGGCCUGCUGGGCGUUUAGCAGCUUAUUGUUGGCCCCAUGGAUAUGCUGAUUCCUAUGCUCUUGCCAUCUACUGCACUCAAUGUACUCAAUAG